AUGCCAAGGCCUCGGGCCAUUGCUCACUUGGACCUGGACUGCUUCUACGUGCAGGUGGAGCAGCGCCGCCUGAACCUGGGCCAGCCGCCAUGGACUGCCAGGGAUUCCCCCCCUGCCGCGGUCCAACAGUGGGAUGGCCUCAUUGCGGUCAACUAUGCCGCUCGCGCACAUGGCGUCAAGCGCGGCAUGCGGGCAGCAGAGGCUUCGCAUUUAUGUCCUGGCAUCGUCCUUGUUCAUGUCGAGACGAUCAGCGAGGGAGCCGAGGAGAUGAUGGGCAAUGCAGCAGACAGAGCAGCGCCAGAUCGACGCACGCAAAAGGCUUGCCUUCGCAGAUACCGUCAAGCAUCUGACGAAGUCCUCGCUGUGGUCCAGAGGUCCGCGGCAAGGUGUGAGAUGGCAUCCAUCGAUGAAGCGUACAUAGAUUUGACCGACGAGGCGACCCAGCUCCUGGGAGGAUCGACGGACCUUUCAUCCAUUGCUGCGACAUCAGCUUGCCCCAGCGGGACUUCCCUGGACCUUGCUGCAGACUCCCAUCUCCUGGCAGCAGCGCAUUUGGUACAGCAGCUUCGAGACGAAAUCUUCAAAGAGACAGGUUUCACCGUCUCUGCCGGAAUAGCAGAGACCAAGCUUGUGGCUAAGCUGGGGUCAGCAUGUCACAAGCCCAACCGCCAGACCAUCGUUCCCAACUCAGGUGUUCUGUCCUUCAUGGCCUCUGUACAGAUCAAAGACCUGCGUGGGCUUGGAGGCAAGCUCGGACAGAAGCUCCUGGGCGCCUUGAGACUGGAACCUGAGGCUCCGAGUGCUGAGCUUCAGAAGGCCUUGACGGGGGGGCUUAGUGGGUGGUUUCACUUCCGGAGCUUCAACGUCUUCUUGGUGAACAGCCACUCCGGCAUGUUGCGGCAUGUUGCGGCAUGUUGCUCUCGCCGACUGGUCCGGACAAGCGACCCGCCAGGUCGGCUGCCUUUGUCCAUCGCCUAUGUCGAGGCGGAGACAGCGACGAAGUCCGAGCUGGAGAGAUGA